AUGAACACAGAUAGCGGUGGGUGUGCUCACAAACGUGCUGCAAUGUCUGUCACAUUAACAGCUGUGAAGAGAGUUCAGAGUUCUCCAAACCUGUUGGCCUCAGGGUCUGAUUCUCAAUCACCAGAUUCAGCUUGGAGAUCUUACAAUGAUGGGAGUAGAGAGACACUGAAUGGAGAUGCCUGCAGUUCAUCCCUUACAGCAAAAGGUUUCAGGAGCGUGCGGCCAAAUCUGCAGGAUAAAAAAUCACCAACUCAGGCUCAGAUCACAGUGAAUGGGAACUCUGGCACUGCUGCCAGCCCAGUGAGUCACUUUCAAAGGCCUUUUUCCCCUUCUUCAGCUUACCCUCCACCAGCUUCGCUCAAUUCCAACAUUGUUGUCAUGCAGCAUGGCAGGACGAUGGAGUCCACAGAGACAUACUCACAGCAUGUUCAGACUGUUGGCAGCACCACCACCAGCACUACAAUACCAAUCUGUAGAUCCUCAGAAGAGGAAAAAAGAAUUACAGUCAUUAAAGCUCCACAUUAUGCAGGGAUUGGCCCGGUAGAUGAAUCUGGAAUCCCUACAGCAAUUAGAACGACAGUUGACAGGCCAAAGGAUUGGUACAAGACAAUGUUCAAGCAAAUCCACAUGGUUCAUAGGCCUGAUGACGACACAGACAUGUAUAAUACUGCAUAUGCAUACAGUGCUGGUAGCUACAGUCCAUCCUUCUCUGCUCAGGCACACCCAGCUGCAAAGACACAGACAUACAGACCGUUGUCUAAAAGUGCUUCUGACAGUGGUUCUGAUGCCUUUAAGGUCUCAUCCCCUUUACCACCUCCACAUGUGCCACCUCCAGUACCACCACAUCGUAUGAGGGAAAGGUCUACAGAAAAAAACGACUGGGAUCCCCCUGACAGAAAGGUAGAUACCCGCAAGUUCCGUUCCGAACCAAGAAGUAUUUUUGAAUAUGAGCCAGGAAAGUCAUCAAUCCUUGAACAUGAAAGACCGACUGAUCGCAUAAACCCAGAUGACAUAGAUUUAGAAAAUGAACCCUGGUAUAAAUUCUUUUCAGAACUGGAGUUUGGACGUCCGCCACCUAAAAAGCUUUUGGACUAUGUUCAAGACAGUGCUUCUGGUGUUUCCAAUGAGACUUCCUUGUAUCAUCACUAUUCAACAGACAAAGGCCUGGACAGACCCUCUAGCUCUGCCAGUACCGCAAGCGACUACAGAAAAAGAAGGAAGUCAGAACCUGCUGUAAGUCACCAGAGGGUCCACGGUGAUCAGAAUGCAAACAAGCCUAGCCCGGGCCGUACAGAUAUGCAAGGCACAUAUACCACUCUUAGAAAGCCUUUAACUAGCUCGUCUCCUUCGUCUCCAUCCAGAGCAAAAGGUGGGGAUAUUAGCAAAGUAUAUCCAUCCCUUUUAAGUUAUUCAGUGCACAACCACAACACCUCAAAUGAACUAGAUUACUGUAGCACUUACAGACAACAUUUAGCUGUUCCAAAUGAUUCAAGAAGGGCAGUCAGCUACAAGAAUGGCUGGCAAAUGACUCGUCAAAACGCAGAAGUCUGGAGCAGCACAGAAGAAACUGCUUCUCCAAAGAGAAAAUCUCGUAGCUGCGACGAUCUUUUAACAGAUGACCGCGAUAGCUUUCCCGAUGCACAGGCCAAGUCUGAAAGCAUGGGCUCUCUGUUAUGUGAGGAGGACUCCAAAGAAGUGUGCUCUAUGAACUGGGCCUCCCCAUAUGCUGAGGGCCAUGGUAGUAGCAGGUCAAGAGCUCGUCACAGAUCCGCACACGAUGCCCCGGGUUUCUUAAAAAUGUACAAAAAGAUGCACCGCAUCAAUCGCAAGGACUUGAUGAAUUCUGAGGUGAUUUGUUCUGUGAAGUCCAGAAUACUGCAGUAUGAAAAAGAGCAGCACAAAGGUGUUCUUCAAGGCUGGAGAGAGUCUUCUACUGAAGAGGUGCCCAGAGACAUGGUGCCAACCAGAAUAUCUGAAUUUGAAAAACUAAUUCAGAAGUCAAAAUCGAUGCCGAACCUAGGUGACGAGAUGUUGUCCACUGUUACACUGGAGCCUCCUAAGAACGGCUUGUGCCCAAAGAGGCGAUUUUCUAUUGAAUCCUUGCUGGAAGAAGAAAAUCAAGGCAGACAUCCUACUCAGGUACAACGGAGCUACAAAUCUAAAACUCUGGUGCCAAUUCAUAUUGAAGUGACCAGUGAUGAACCACCACGAUCGCAUAUGGAUUUUUCAGACAGUGACCAAGAUGGAGUGGUUUCUGACCUCAGUGACUUUAUCCAAAUAGAGGGUUCAUCUUUUUGCAGUGAAAGUGACUUUGACCACUUUUCCUUCACAUCAUCUGAAAGCUUUUAUGGAUCAGGCCAUCACCACCAUCACCACAGGCAUCUCAUCAGCUCCUGCAAAGGACGAUGUCCAGCAUCUUACACUCGCUUCACCACCAUGCUAAAACAUGAAAGGGCUAAACAAGAAAUCCCUGAGGAUCCAAGGAGACAGGAAGCAGAGUCUGGCCUCUCUAAGAUAGCAUUCCUAGUCAGUCCAGUGCCUUUCCGGAGAAAAAAAAGUGCAGCUCCUAAAAAACAAACUGAAAAGAAAAAGUGCAAGUCAUCCGUAUUUGAAGCACUAGAUUCUGCACUUAAAGACAUCUGUGACCAAAUUAAAGCUGAGAAAAGAAGGGGAAGCUUGCCUGACAACAGUAUAUUACACAGACUUAUUACUGAGCUGCUUCCAGAUAUUCCAGAAAGGAAUUCCUCCCUUAAAGCUCUGAAAAAGAGACCAACGCACCAGCCUUUUCAUCCACUGCCUCAAGAUGGUGCUAUCCAUUGCCCACUGUACCAGAAUGAUUGUGGAAGAUUACCUCUUAGUGCCUCUUUUCCAGACAUGGAUGCAACUAACAACAAUGAUAGUGCACUGUGUUUCCAAGACCAGGAAUCUCCUGGAAGCUAUUCUUCUGCUUUCACUGAUGUGGGAAGAUGUACUCCAAGGGAGAGAAGAGGAACUACAGACAAAGAGAAACUGCCAGCUAGAGCUGUAUAUGACUUUAAAGCUCAGACUUCUAAAGAGCUGUCCUUUAAGAAAGGAGAUACUGUCUAUAUCCUCAGGAAAAUUGAUCAAAACUGGUAUGAGGGUGAGCACCAUGGAAGAGUUGGAAUAUUCCCAAUUUCUUAUGUUGAGAAGCUUUCUCCCCCAGAAAAAGCACAGCCUGCCAGGCCACCUCCCCCUGCACAGAUUGGAGAGAUUGGAGAAGCUGUUGCCAAAUACAAUUUUAGUGCAGACACAAAUGUGGAGUUAUCACUUCGAAAGGGAGACAGAGUAAUUCUUCUUAAGCGUGUUGAUCAAAACUGGUAUGAAGGUAAAAUACCAGGAACCAACAGACAAGGCAUCUUCCCUGUUUCCUAUGUAGAAGUCAUCAAAAAGAAUGCAUCAAAAAGUGUUGAUGACUACCCUGAUCCUCCAAUACCCCAAAGUGACAGAAUACACCAUUUAAGUUCAUCUAAGCCACAACGCCCUGUGCUUGCUCAUGAAAACAUACACGGUGGGGGGGAACCGUUUCAGGCUCUAUAUAACUAUACUCCUAGGAAUGAAGAUGAAUUGGAGCUCAGAGAGGGAGAUGUCAUUGAUGUGAUGGAAAAAUGUGAUGAUGGAUGGUUUGUGGGAACCUCAAGAAGAACCAAAUUCUUUGGUACUUUUCCUGGAAACUAUGUCAAGAGGCUGUGAAUUUUUUUUUUCUACUUAUUUAUGCUGCAUCUCUGCAACACAUCUGC